CUGUUGUCUGUUCGAUCAUCGAUGUUUAUUCUGUGGAAUGUAAAUUUUAUGGUUGUUAAAUUUCUAUUCUUUCUGUAGAAAGAAAUACUUUUAUAAUUUUUGUAAAUCAUAUAAUUAAAAUGAAGAAUCAUUGUUAACUAAGUCAAAAUAACUAUGUUGUGGCUGUCGCCUGUGGAUCAUAGGAUUAUAGUUUUUUCGAAGACUGCUUGACAUUUUCCAGUUUUGGAUAUAAAAUAUUUCGCAAACUAUUAUUUUUAAGUCGUUCCUAAACAUUGUAUUAGUGAAUGUGAUAUAAAUAAAAUAAGUUGUCAAUAUGGCUGAUGAUUUAAGAAAUUAUAAAUUGCAACUGCAGCAGGUCGAGGCGGCAUUGCUGACGGAUCCUGAAAAUGAAGAAUUAUUAAAACUAAAAGGAGAUUUGGAAGAAGUAAUUGAAUUGACACGCGAUCUAAUAAAAACUCAAGAGGGUGAAUCCAAAGGUCAUAAUAUUCAUAGUUCUAGUAAUGAUGAUGAUGUUGCAGCUUCCCUGCUGGCUGCUGAUGAUGGAGUAUUAGGAGAUAAGACAAUACCAAGGUGGCACAUUGGCGAGAGAUGUCUAGCCAAGUGGAAAACAGAUGGCAUGUUCUAUGAAGCAACUAUAGAAGAAAUAGGAGAUAAUAUACUCAAAGUAAAGUUUGAUGGGUAUUCAACAUUAGAACCUGUAUCAGUUUUGGAUGCGAAAUCUUUGGGAACAGGAACAAAACGGCCGUUAAGUGGUGACGAAAGCAAACCAGGGAAGGGAUAUAAUAGAGAAUAUUUAAAAAAGAAGAAACAAAAGAAGCAGCAGAGAUUCAAGCAAAUUGAAGAAGAAAGAGAAACUGAAAAAAACAAAUGGCUCUCAUUUCAUUCAAAGGCAUCAAAAAAGACAGGUGUUCGAACAAAGAGCAUUUUUGCAUCUCCAGACAACUUAACUGGUAGGGUUGGGAUUGGGACAUGCGGUAUAUCUGGCAAACCAAUGACUGAAUACACUCCAGGAGAAAAGUGGAAGAAAGGUGGAUAGGAAUUAAUAUUUUGUUAGUGUAAUAUUAGGAUAAUAUAGUUUUACUACUGGUACUAAAUAAUAUUACUCAAUAGAUCCUUUGUAAUAAACAAUAA